CCGCUGCAGACGAUCGUCCCCAAAGUUGUGAACGUUGUGCUGCUUUUCAAGCUGCUUUCCACAUGUUUUCCAAAGAGACGUGAACUAGUUAUAGCUGAUAUUGACUUCGAAAUGGGGACAAAAGCAGUUUUCGAAGCGUGCAGUAGUCGAUCUGAGUCAUGUUUUGCAGCGGAGAGUUGAAGAAGGAGCAGAAUGAAGAAGUGACGCUGAUCGCUGAGAGCAAAAAACCUCCAGGAGGCUUAAAUGAGAUAACCGGGAACACGCGGGGAAAGCGGAUUUCCACGCAUUUUUACAUGCCGACAGUGACAUUGUUGCGCACUAAAGUGGGAGGACGUUUAACGGUUUGUAAUGCUGAAAUAUGAGAGACCGGACCGGGGCGGGUGAAGCCACAUGGGAGAGGACUGUCCGUGUGCUGUGGGCUCCAAAACGAAAAAGAAAAAAAUUAGAUAUAUCACCAUAUACUUGGAAUUGGAUUGCCAAAGUGGAAUGAUUUAAAAAGAAGAAGAAGAAGAAGAACAAAGAAGAAAGCUGCAGCAGCCUCAAUGCACGCGCGGACACGGACGCAGAUUUAACGUGAGGAAAUCCAAACGCCUUCACACACAACCACAACCACCGAGCACGAUGCUGCGCUGCUCUCUGACAGCUCUGACUUUUGCGUGGACUUUGGUGUUCUGCAGCGUGAGUGGAAGUCGCGCACAGGAAAGACAGGGGUAUUUGGUCGCUGCACCUUCUGUUUUUCGUGCGGGUGUAGAAGAGAGCGUGAGUGUAACCAUUUUCAAUGCAAAAGCAGAGACACGCGUGCAAGUGCAACUGUUGGUGAAGGGACAGACGGUCGCCCACAGCCAUGGAUCAGUGCUGGACAAAGGCACCAUCAAAUUGAAGGUUCCACCUGGGCUGAGAGGCCAGGCCCACCUGAAGGUGUGGGGAAACCGUCACCUUACAGAGGGAGGAUACAUCUUCCACAACUACACGACUGUCACAGUGGAGAGCAAGGGCACGGCUGUCUUUAUCCAGACCGACAAACCCAUCUACAAACCCAAACAUAAAGUGCUCAUUAAUGUCUACACAGUGACCCCUGACCUGAGACCAGCCAAUGACAAGAUGGAGGCGUAUGUUUUGGAUCCGAGAGGAUCCAGGAUGGUACAGUGGAAUUCUCUUAAAUCUGUCUGCUGUGGGGUUGUGAAUAUGAGUUUCCCUCUGUCGGACCAGCCUGUGUUUGGAGAGUGGUUUAUCUUUGUGGAGCUGCAGGGCCACACAUAUAACGUGUCGUUUGAAGUGCAGAAGUAUGUGAUGCCCAAGUUUGAGUUGGUGAUUGAUCCACCGCGCUACAUCCGUGAGCUGCACUUGUGCGAGCAAGCCACUGUCAGAGCAAGGUAUACCUUUGGGAAGCCAGUGACGGGGAAGUUGACUGUGAACAUGUCAGUGAAUGGAGUUGGCUAUUACCGCCAUGAAAUGGGGCAUCCUGUUAUCAAGACGAUGGAGAUAAAAGGUUCUGCAAACGUCAGCCUGUGUGUCAAAGACAUGAUGCCCCUGGAUGUGGCUGAUCACUUCAGGGGCACUGUGAGCAUCUGGGCUUCAGUGACCAGCAUCGAUGGAAGCAGGCAAACCACGUUUGAUGAUUCAACACCCAUCCAUAAACAGCUCAUUGACAUCAAGUACUCAAAGGACACUCGCAAGCAUUUCAAGCCUAGCCUGCCUUACAAAGGGAAGCUUGAGGUAACUUAUCCUGAUGGAAGUCCAGCUGAUGGUGUGAGGGUCCGAGUCAAAGCAGAGCUGACUCCCAAGGACAACAUCUACACCAGCGAGCUGAUCUCCAAGGAUGGCCAAGUCAACUUUGAGAUCCCGUCCAUUCCAACUGCUGCCCAGUAUGUGUGGCUAGAGACUAAAGUGACCUCCAUUGAAGGCAAGACAGUAGGGGACCAGUACCUGCCCAGCUAUCUGUCCAUCAGCAGCUGGUACUCACCCAGCAGGUGUCACAUCCAGAUCCAGGGUUCCAGCUCCCCGCUAAAGGUUGGCCAAGAGGCAGAAGUAGCUAUCAAGUCCACGUGUCCCUGUAACUUCACCCUGCACUAUGAAGUGGCUUCCAGGGGGAAUAUUGUCCUUUCAGGCAAACAGUCAGCCAACCUGACAUCUUCACACCGAGAUAAAAGGUCUGCAGUCGUCUUUGACAAGAACAUUCACACCACCAACCUGCCUCCUUCUGCCUCUGGUUCCUCCCCACAGGCAGAGAUGGACAUCUGUGUGUCUUACCUGCGGUUCCCUGUUAGCCACAGCAUGGCACCUCUCAGCCGUCUGCUGGUCUACUAUGUGAGGGAAAAUGGUGAGGGCAUCACGGACAGCCUGCAAAUCCCGAUCCAGCCCGAGUUUGAGAACAAGGUGUCUGUUUCUCUAUCCGUUAAUGAGUCGAUGCCUGGUGACUCUGUGACUCUGCACGUCCGAGGAGAGAGGGGCUCGUGUGUGUGUGUGGCCACUGUGGACAAGAGUCUAUACCUACUAAAGCCUGAGUUCAGGCUCAGUCCAGACAAGGUAUUUCAAGCACUGGCGCACUUUGACAUCUCUGACGCUUUUGGCAUUCCGAAAGAUGAUGGACACUUUUGGUGGCCUGGUCUGUCAUCAAAGAGGAAGAGGCGUUCCUCUGUAUUUCCAUGGCACUGGGACAUCACCAAGGAUGCACGCUUCGCUUUCUCGGAAACAGGGCUGGUUGUAAUGACAGACAUGGUGAGUCUGAAUCACCGGCAGAGUGGAGGGAUGUACACAGAUGAAGCCGUUCCUGCAUUUCAACCUCACAGCUCCACUUUAGUCGCUGCCAUUCACUCUCGCUCAACACCCAGAGCAGAGAAGCGCAGGCGUACAUUUUUCCCAGAGACUUGGGUGUGGCACUGCUUGAAUGUCAGUGCCGAAAGUGGGGAAGCUGAUCUGCGAUUGAACGUGCCUGAUUCCAUCACCACAUGGGUGACAGAAGUCGUUGGGUUGUCAGAAGAGAAAGGGCUCAGCAUAGCAAAGAGGGUGGAGCUUGGCACCUUCAAGCCCUUUUUUGUCGAUUUCACGUUGCCCUACAGCUUAAUCAGAGGGGAGCAGACCAAGGUUCCCCUUACUGUCUAUAACUACCUUCCAACAUGUGCUGAGGUUCAUGUUAAAGUCUCUGUUCCAAAGGGCAUCAAGUUUGUUGGCCAUCCUGGAAAGCACCACCUGACUAGGAAGAAGUGUGUCCCCCCUGGAGAGGCAACGCCCACAUCUAUUGUGCUGUCAUUCACUGAGCUGGGGCCAGCGAGCAUCACAGCUCGAGCCAUUGCAUACAGUGAACCAAGCUGCUGUUCAGAUGGACUGCAGACAGGCAAAUCAGGCAAUGAUCUAGAUGACAGGAGGACCCCAACUGGCCUUGACUAUGUUCGCAGAACUGUCCUUGUGGAGCCAGAAGGUCUGCCUAGAGAAUACACAUACAGUGUCUUCUUCUGUCCCAACGAGAGAAUCCACAUUUCUACCCCCAACAAAUAUGAAUUCCAAUAUGUGAAGAAGCCAGCCAGAAUGAACCACUUCCAGGUGGCAGUGAAGACUCACAACGAUGCCCAUUUUGCCCUCUCGACCACCCCCCAUGAUAAUGCAGAGAUGAUAGAGAUUGUACUGGGAGGUAGGCAGAACACUCGCUCCUGGAUCUCCCUGGGCAAGCUGGGUGAGGUUUUGGUCAGUGCUUCCACACCAGGAAUCCUCUCGUGGGAUGAGUUCCGUGGCUUCUGGAUCAGCUGGAAGGGAGGCAUUGUUCAGGUAGGUCAUGGUUUACAACCAACAAAUGAAUCAGUGAUCCUCCAGUGGGCAGGCCAGUUCCCUGGACAGGUGCGACACAUUGGCUUUUCAACAGGAUGGGGCUCAGUAGGGGAGUUUAAGAUUUGGAAGAAAGAAGACUCAGAUGAGAACCACAAUGAGGCUUUCACUCUGGGGGUCCCGCACAACAUAGUACCUGGAUCUGAGAAGGCCACUGCAUUUAUGAUUGGGGAUGUGAUGGGACCAACACUGAAUAAUCUGAACAAGCUGUUGCGGCUACCCUCCGGGUGUGGUGAGCAGAACAUGAUCCACUUUGCACCCAACGUUUUCGUUCUGAAAUACUUGCAGAAGACCCGACAGCUCAGCCCUGAGGUGGAGAGCGAGGCCACAGACUACCUACUGCAAGGUUACCAGAGGCAGCUGACCUACAAACGUCAGGAUGGGUCCUACAGUGCUUUUGGAGAGCGGGAUUCCUCUGGCAGUAUGUGGUUGACUGCAUUUGUGCUAAAGUCCUUCGCUCAGUCUCGCGGUUUCAUCUUCAUCGAUCCAGAAGAGCUUCAUGCGGCCAAGUCCUGGCUCAUUAGACAUCAGAGAAAUGAUGGCUCUUUCCCUGCCAUGGGUCGCAUCCUCAACAAAGACCUGCAGGGAGGGAUCCACGGAAAGAUCUCGCUCACAGCUUAUGUGGUAGCAGCCCUGCUGGAGACGGGGAUAACCACAGAGGAAGAGAAGGUGGCAGUGGCUAAAGCCAAGGAUUUUUUGGAGAGUAACACGUACUCUGCUGAUGACCCUUACACCACAGCCCUGUCCGCUUACACCUUGGCUCUCCUGCGUAGCUCGUACGCACCGCUGGCCCUGCGCCGCCUCAACCACAUGGCCAUCUCACAAGAUGGACUCACACACUGGAGCCUCACCGGCGGCUCAAUGACAGAUGAGGACACUUUCAUGGGCUUCAGUAAUGGCCCAUCUCAGUCAGUGGUCUCAGCAGAGGUGGAGAUGACAGCCUAUGGUCUUCUGACCUACACCCUGCUAGGGGAUGUGGCUUCUGCACUCCCUGUGGUCAAAUGGCUUUCCCAGCAGAGGAAUGAGCUGGGUGGUUUCUCCUCCACACAGGACACCUGUGUGGCUCUGCAGGCUCUUUCGGAGUAUGCCAUGCUCUCCUAUGUAGGAUGGGUCAACCUCACAAUCUCACUGGCUUCCACCAACCUUGAUUUCCAGGAGACAUUUGAACUCAACAGGGACAACAAGAAACUCCUUCAAUGUGCCAAAAUCCCCAGUAUUCCCACAGGCCUGUUUGUCAGUGCUAAAGGAGAGGGCUGCUGCCUAAUGCAGAUUGGUGUGUCUUACAAUGUACCUGACCCAGUGUCCAAGCCAGCCUUCCAGCUCAAAGUGGACCUCAAAGAGCCUUAUCAACAGCGACACGCGCAGCCUCCUUCCUCCUCUUCCUCCUCCCGUCAUAACGCACCCCGCUCUCGUAGCCGUGCUGACAACCGCUCUGAGCUAAUCCGGAAGCGCCGGGCACACAUUGACGACGAUGACCCGGCAGCCCACCAGGACAAAAUGGACAUCCACAUUUCUUUAGAAGUCUGUGCCAGGUGGCUCCAUUCUGGCUCUUCCAACAUGGCCGUCAUAGAAGUUCCCAUGCUGUCCGGUUUCCGAGCAGACAUCGAAAGUCUAGAGAGGCUGCUGAUGGACAAGCGCGUUGGACUGAAGAGAUAUGAGUUAAAUGGGAAAAAAGUGCUCUUUUAUUUUGAUGAGAUCCCCAGCCAGUGUAUGACAUGCGUGGCCUUACGUGCAGUCCGGGAAUACAUUGUAGGCAAGACGGCGCCUGUUCUGGUCAAGAUCUAUGACUACUAUGAACCAGCAUUCGAGGCCACCCGGUUUUACAACGUUAGUGAGAGCAGUCCGCUAGCACGGGAGCUGUGCGAUGGCCCUACGUGCAAUGAGGUGGAGAGCUCAGCCAAUCAGUGGAUAGGUUUUGUGCAGGGGAACCAAUGCAACAAUGUGUUUGGCUGUCUGGAGGAGGAGCAGUUUGAGCGUUGCACAUGUUAUAGGGACUGCGGGUAUGAUGGGGAACCCGUUUGUGGGUCAGAUGGACAGCUGUACCAGAACCAGUGUCAGAUGGAAGUAUUUGCCUGUAGGAAUGGUACAGGCAUCAAACAGGUUCCACUGGCCCAGUGUCACCACGUGGCAGUCAUGGUGGAGGACAAGCAGCCAAUGGUGAGGCAGGAAUCUGAGCAGCUUUCAGUGCCUGUGAACACAGGUGAGGAGGAGCAGGGCUCCAUGGCAGAAGUCUCUUACUACUCCUACGAAUAUGAUUCUGAGCCUUUCCUCGCUGACGCAGAAGGGGAGGAGCAUUUCGACCUCACUGGAGGUGGGCCAGAUGGAGAUCAGAAGAUGUUGCUGCCAGCAGACACCCAGCUGCCAACACUGGACACAAAAAACACUCCAGAGCGAUGAGACGCUCUGCCAGCAGACAAUACUCACCUCCAGACUGUACAUUAUUUGUGAAUAUGCUGGUGACUGUGGAGAGACGAGGGAUUUGGGGCUUGCUCGACGUUGCGAUCUCGAGAAUGACACUUUGUGAGAGUCUGCUGUUUCAGGUGUGAUUGCGUUAGAUGAAUAUGAGCCAGUGUGUGGAUGUAUUACGUUUACGAGUGCUAUGAUUCUUUUUUUAAGAUCAUGUCUUCCAGACCUUUAUUUUCUUUCUGCAGACUCCUGGUCACCAAUAGGCACCAUAGCGUUUUGUUAUUCAGCCUUUAUAUUAACUAGAAGAAAUAAUCAAGUAUUUAUGUGUGUAAUUACACUCGCGUUUAAGCAAAUUAUUUUGUGAUAUUUUCUACCUGUGGUAUUUAUUUGCAGCUAAAGGUCAUAUUAUUGUUAUUUUGUUAUUUUUUGUUUUCUCCCUUGUUGUACAUCUUUCAGUUCAACAUAUGCUGCCAAAGGCAAGCUUUAAUCAAAAUUUGGAAAUAUUUAAAAUUUUUGUGCUGGUAUCCAUUCCUGCUGGAGAGACGCAUACAGUAUAUGCAAACUAUAUGCUGAACAGAAAUGUAUGUAGGAUUUUUUUUCUUUUAAUAGGAAUACAGUAGAAAUUAAUUGGAAGAAGGAUCAAGAUUGUGAUAUAUUGUGGAGAAGACAACAGAAUAUUUCAGGUGAAUUGUUCCAGUGAUUGUACAAGUACCAAAUUUGGCACAAACAACAACAAAACACAACAAAAAACCUUAGAAUCACUGUUUUGAAAAUACCCACGAGGAUAAGCAGAUGAUAGACGGGGAUAAACAGCAUCCCAGUCGGCCUUAAUUGUUUGUACAGGACGUACGUCUUUGUCAUCACUUUUUUGUAGCUACUUUUGGACAUCAAGAUCAUCCAAACUGGUCCCUGUGGUGGAAUUCUGUACAAUGCAGUCUGGCAGAACGGUGAUCUUUUUUUUUUAAUCUUGAGAACUCAAGUGUCCUGUGGCCUUUUUGAAAACAGUAAUGUCUAAGGAGUUUUUUCUUUUUUUUUUUCUUUUUUUACUGAAUUUAGUGCUUAUACCACCAUUUUAAAGAGUAUUUCAUUUACCUGCUGCACUAAUACAAGGUGACCCAAAAACAUAGAACCAAUAAAAAUGGUAAUAAAUCCUAUAUAGGUACAGCAAAUUUCAAGAUAUUUGUCGGACUUUCAUAGGAUUUAUUACAAGACUUGUUCUAAUCGUCUUCCCCAAUGUGUCUUGGUCAACCAAGGAAAAGACAUUCUGUCUGGAGGCUUAUUUCGCCAACAAACCAUACCAUUUAGAGCAUAAUUUUGAAAGAACAUCACUUUUAUGCAAAGCGACCAACUGAAACUUUGGGGACUGAUUGUACACAGACUGAAUUUUAGGACCUUUGUAGGAUUUAUUACAAUUUUUAUAGGUUCUGUGUUUUUUCUUUCUUUCUGUCUUUUUUUGGGUCACCCUGUUACAAUUGCAAAAUAUGCAUCUUGUACAACAGCAAAGUCCAAUCCACUUUUACUUCAUGCAGACAGAGAUUUUAUUGUACAGUUCAUAAGCUAUGUUGUUUUUGUUUGGUUUUAAUUUGUGAAACAAUCAAGUUUUAUUUACACAUGAAGAUUUGUGUUUCUGUAAAUUUGCUCAGUUGGAUUAACUGUCGCCCCAGUUCACUUCAAAUGUUGUGCUUUUAGACACACAAAAAUAAAAUUUGGAUACAGGACAGA